AUGUUGGGGAAAAAGUUGGUGACUGCACAGAAGAGAGGGGAGACAAGAGCCCUGUGCCUGGGACUGGGAAUGAUUGCAUGUUCCAUGAUGAUGUACUUUUUUAUUGGGAUCACCAUAGUGCCAUUCUACACUAAAAGUGUCUGGACAACAGAAACUGUGUGCAAGGUACUGAAAGUCAGCAUCAAGGACAAAGUUCCCUGCUUAAACAGCGAAGGCUCAGAGGAUGAGGACAUCUUUCCUUAUCCCUGCCUACAGGUGUGGGUUAAUCUGACAGCCUCUGGACAAGAGGUUAUGCUGUAUCAGACUGAAGACACACUGGAAAGAAAUCCUAAGUGCUCGUAUGUCCCAGGCAAGUCGGAGAACUCUAAAGAAGUUAAAGCACGAAUAGAAACAAUUGCAAGCAAUUUCAAAAAGUACCAGACUAUCCCAUGCUACUAUGACCCAGAAGAAAUGCAGACCAAUGUUAUUUUAAGCAGACUUUAUCCUCCAAAAGGUCUCAUCUUUGCUUUCCUUUGGCCUACACUCAUGUUUACUGGUGGAUGUCUGAUUAUUGUUCUGGUAAAAAUUAGUCAGUAUGUUUCUGUUCUUUCUGCUGGGCAGUAA